UCCGCCGAGUCUCCAUUCGUUGUCACUCGAUUGGAACUAUUUCUUCCACCAACAUUUCUCGCCCAAGGAAUUAUCUUAAAAUUGUUAGCGCAAUGGCCCUGCCGCAGAAGCACUUCAAGAGGGGUUCCCCCAAGCCGGAAAUUCCCGAGGACGGAGUCCUGCGCUACUACUCGAUGAGAUUCUGCCCGUACUCCCAGCGUGCCGGCUUGGUCUUGGCCGCCAAGAAGAUUCCCCACCACACGGUCUACAUCGAUCUCAGCGAGAAACCCGAGUGGUACAUCGACUACAGUCCUCUGGGCAAGGUGCCGGCCAUCCAGUUGCCUCAGCUGCCAGGACAACCCGCCCUGGUGGAAUCGCUGGUCAUUGCCGAGUACCUGGACGAGCAGUAUCCCGGGGAGGGAUCCCUUUUCCCCAAGGAUCCGCUGCAGAAGGCCCUCGACAGAAUCCUUAUCGAACGCCUGGCCCCGGCAGUCAGUGCCAUUUACCCCGUGUUCUUUACGAAGGAUCCACCUGCCGAUGCCAUCAAGAACUUUGAGACCGCUCUGGAUGUCUUCGAGCAGGAGAUUACCAAGCGGGGAUCGGCCUACUUUGGCGGCGAGAAGAUCGGCAUUGUGGACUACAUGAUUUGGCCCUGGUUCGAGCGAUUCCCCGCUCUCAAGUACUCCCUGGAUGUCCCCUACGAACUGGACAAGACGCGCUAUCAGAAUCUGUUAAAGUGGCGCGAUCUGGUGGCCCAGGAUGAGGCGGUCAAGGCCACCGCCUUGGAUCCCAGGAUCCAUGCCAAGUUCAUGCGUACCCGCCAUGAGGCCAAGCCCAACUAUGAUGUCGCCUUCGAGCCCUUGUAGAGGAUCAAAUACCAGCCUGUAGAACAGGAAUUGAGAUACUUAAACUUAGAUUGUGAAAGCGCCUAGCGAGAAGACAUUAAACCCAUAUAUGUACUCCACUGAUAUAA